GUCAUCUAUGAACUCUGUGCUACAUAUAUACAAAGUUCUCAAAAAUACUGAUGAGAAUUUAGAAAGUUUAACUUUAUCAUGAUGUGACGAAUAAUAGUGCACAUAACAGUUAUUUGUUAGAAAGUGCCAUUAAAUCUCUAGAAAGUGUCUAUGAAUUGUGAGAAAGUGACUAAGUCACUCGAAAGUGGCACUUUCAGACUUAAGAAAGUGACAUUAAAUUAUAGAAAGUGACAUUAAAUUAUAGAAAGUGACAUUAAAUUAUAGAAAGUGACAUUAAAUCACAGAAAGUGACAUUAAAUUAUAGAAAGCGACAUUAAAUCACAGAAAGUGACAUUAAAUUACAGAAAGUGACAUUAAAUUAUAGAAAGUGACAUUAAAUUAUAGAAAGUGACAUUAAAUCACAGAAAGUGACAUUAAAUCACAGAAAGUGACAUUAAAUUACGGAAAGUGACGUUAAAUCGGUAUCCCUGGUUCCACCUGAGACUGUCUGGAGCACUUCACUCAGCGAGGCGACUUUAGUGUUGGAGAAUGUUGGGGACAGAGAGGGAGAGGUGGUUGGCGUUGUUGGUGAUGUUGGCGAUGUUGGCGGGCGUGGUGGAGGGCGAAGAAUCUGAGAAGAUGCUGCCCACGCCCUCCAAGACGCUGCCUACGCCCUCCAAGACGCUGCCCACGCCCUCCAAGACGCUGCCCACGCCCUCCGAGAUGCUACCCACACACUCAUCAAUUGUUGACGACGAUAACUGGGGUACCCUGGUGGCAGUAACAGCGGUCAGGGGCUCAACAGCAAGGUUACCCUGUGAUGUAACCUCACCAACCCAGGAUGACCCCGUGUUACUGGUACUGUGGUACAGAAAUGCUUCAGUCACCCCUGUCUACAGCUACGACUCCCGCGGUGUAGAGGGGACGGCAGGAGCGACGGGAGGCCUCCGUCAGCAGUGGGGAGACGAGGAGGCGUGGGGAGAGGAACAGAGGGCGUGGUUCAACACCAGCACCACGCCCGCCCACCUGAUGGUGCGGGCGGUGGGCGGGAGGGACGAGGAUAGUUACAUGUGCACUGUGCACUUCAGAGCUUCACCUUCGUGGUCUCAGAAGAUCACCCUCACGGUUCAAGAUCCUGCAGUGUUCCCCAGGAUGCAGGAUGAGUCAGGACGUCGCUUAGAAGGACCCAUCGGUCCUUACGAGGAUGGUACCAUUCUUACCAUCAUGUGUCUCAGCGCAGGAGAGCCACCACCAGGGCUGGUCUGGGGGGCUGAGGGAGUGCCUGUCACUGCAGCCUCGGAGGUGAGAACAAAUGGCACUGUGGUUAGUACCACCUUGCAGGUGGUGGCAUCCAGAGGCACUGCUGGUGCCAACGUCACCUGCUCCACCACCACUAGUGCAAUCACCCCCGACGUCAGCCUAGAUGUCAGUGCAGCUGACAUCAGGCAGACUAACGCCUCUACCUCAGACAUCGUCAAAUUUGCAACUGCUGCCUCCAGCACGACCUCCAGCACGGCCUCCAGCACGACCUCCAGCACGGCCUCCACCGCCCCAACAAUCACCAACACAGUCACCGCUACAAUCACAGUCAAUCUACCGCCGCUGGGAGUGAAGCUGCGGGCUCCUGGCCCCUGGGUUCCUGCCGACCAGCCCACCUUCUUCACCUGUCAUGUAGAGGGCGCCUUCCCCCGACCCAUAGUGCAGUGGUGGCUGGGCGCCCACCUCCUCCCUCCCACACCCCCUCCGACCAGAGAGGGUGUAUGGGCUGUGGUCAGCAGGCUGGAGUGGAGCCCACGGUCUGACGACCAUCGUAAGCAGCUUCUGUGUAAAGCAUUCAGUCCUAACCUACCCAAGGCUUCCUUACACGACCAACUCAUUCUCAACGUCCACUUUGUGCCACUGGCUCGGGUGAGCAUGAAAGCAGGUGAAGGUGGCAACGUCACCGUGCGAGAGGGCCACUCUGUCACCUUGAUCUGUCACCUGAGAGCUAACCCACCUGUCUACAACGUCACCUGGUUCCAUAACGCUGCUUAUACUUACAGAGGGUAUACUGUAUGCCGCUUGGUGUCAGUCAGGUCGAGCAGUACGUGGACGUGUGAUGCCAGAGAUGGAGGUCAUGAAAUACCCUGUGGUGCGGUGUGA